AUGCAUCCUCUAAGAGUUCCACAUGGGGUCCUUGACACAAAAAGGAAAAUGGCAGCCAGGCCCUUCUCUGGGCUGUGGAAAGUCUCUGAUCCAACUCUAUUACAAAUGACCUUGGUCGCUGGUCUGUUGGCUUCUGUUUUUGGAGACUGUGGUCCUCCACCUAAUUUACAGUUUGCUUCUCCAAACAAGUUGAAUAACAAAGACUUGAAAACUGGAACUACACUGAAGUACACCUGCCUUCCUGGUUAUAGCAGAAUCAGUUCAAGUUCAGUUACUUGUAAUGAUAGAGGCUCAUGGUACUAUCAUGUUUUUUUCGUUAAGAAGCAAUGCAGAAACCUAGCAGACUUACCCAGUGGGAAAGUGGAAGUUAAGACAGAUUUUCUUUUUGGUUCAACUGUAGAAUUCAGCUGCUCAGAGGGGUAUAUCUUAGUUGGCUCAGCUACUAGUCAUUGUGAGAUCCAAGAUAAAGGAGUUGACUGGAGUGAUCCUCUCCCUCAGUGUAUAAUUGUCAAGUGCGAGCCUCUUCCAACCAUCAGCAAUGGGAGGCAUAAUGGUGGAGAUGAAGAUAUCUACACAUAUGGCUCUUCUGUCACAUACAGCUGUGACCCUGACUUCUCAAUGUUAGGCAAAGCCUCCAUUUCUUGCACAGUGGAAAAUAAAACGAUAGGUGUCUGGUAUCCAAGCCCUCCUACUUGUAAAAAUAUAGUCUGUCACGGACCACGAGUUCGAAAUGGAAUCAUUCUGUCUGGAUUUGGACCCAUCUAGCACUAUGGAGACUCUAUUCUGUUCAGCUGCAAGAAAGGUUAUAUCCUCAAUGGAAACAAUUUAAUCCGUUGUGAUGCUAAUAAUGAGUGGCAUCCUUCUCCUCCCACUUGUGAACUCAAUAGUUGUAUUGGGUUACCAGACAUUCCUCAUGCUGUCUGGGAUAGAAGAGACAACAAGCUAAGCAAUCACGAAGUAUUUGAAGUUGGGACUGAGUUGAAAUAUCAAUGCAAAUUUGGCUACAGACCUAUUCCAGAUGAACCUCUGACUUUGACUUGUCAGGAAAAUUUCACGUGGACAGCAUCUAAAGGGUGUGAAUAUAUUGUCUGUCAUCCACCUCAAGUUCCAAAUGGAAACAUUCUCUCUGGAUUUGGACCCGUGUAUAAUUACAACGACUCUGUUCUGUUCAGUUGCAAGAAAGGCUAUAUCCUCAAUGGCAGCAAUUUAAUCCAUUGUGGUGCUGAUGACGAGUGGCCCCCUUCUCCUCCCACUUGUGAACUCAAUUGUGAAUUCCCUCCUGUCAUUGCCCACGGACAACGUAAAAUAGUCUCUAAACUCUUUGCAUUUGAACAACAAGCUGUAUAUGAAUGUGAUGAAGGGUACAUUCUGGUUGGAGCGAACAGACUCUCCUGCGCUUUUUCAGGCUGGUCACCUGGAGCCCCUCAGUGUAAAACAUGGUGUCUGAAACCAGAGAUAGAAUAUGGAAGGUUAUCUGUGGAGAAGGUUAGAUAUGUUGAACCUGAAAGAAUUACUAUUCAGUGUGAGUGGUAUAGUUUGGUUGGUUCUGAAAUUAUCACUUGCUCAGAGGACAGAACCUGGCACCCGGAGGUGCCCAAGUGUGAGUGGGAGUAUCCUGAAGGCUGUGAGCAAGUAGUCACAGGCAUGAAACUCUUGAAGUGCCUCUCAAGGCCAGUGGAGGUGAAAUUGGCCCUGGAAGUGUACAAGCUGUCCCUGGAGACUGCACUCCUGGAGCUUCAGCUAGAGAAGCCAAAGGAUGCCUCUUAG